UCAAACUUUUUGUCCGCUCCGGGUUAAUCAGUUCACUUUUUAUUAUCAAAUAGAAACCACAUAGUAUUGUUUUAUUUCAAGUCACACACUCAAACAUGUCGUACUACGCUCUGACACAAGUGAACAAAGAAACAUACGAGAGGAUUUGCCGCAAUUACUUCAAAUUCAUCUCGAAAUGCAACAACCCCGACGAGGAACCAGUGGACGUAUUCUCGCCGCUACCAGGGAAGAUGUUGCAGGAGUUGGAGCUGAUUAGAGACAUUAGCAAGGAAUUGCAGACGAAGAAAAUCGAGGAAGAUAGAAUGGCCAAGGAAGCAGAGGAAGAAAUAAAGCGAAAGGAGAAUAAAGAAACAGAAAAUGAGACUGUAAAAGAAGACGCAGAGGAGAAUAAUUCAGAAGAGAAUAAUACAGAAGAAGAAAAGAACACAGAAGAGAAAAAUGAUUAAACUUAAAUUAUGACUGAAUAAAUUAUUUAAGUACUUAA